AUGAACCUUGCCAGAUCUGCUGGUGCGUUACGUACUGGGGUUUAUCUUACCCCACGAAUCCUUGGUGCAAGCUGUAAAUCUAUCAAUUUGACUCAUGGAGUUAGAUUAUUUCAUGCUAAUAAGAUUUGUAGGGAUAGUUAUGAAGAAGAGAAAGCUACAUUGGAUGAAAUUCAUAAGCUGAUGAAACCUCAAGAUUUCCAGGUUGCUGAUAAGAUUCGUAACAUUGGUAUUUCUGCUCACAUCGAUUCUGGUAAGACGACAUUUACCGAACGUGUUUUGUACUAUACCGGUAGAAUUAAGGCAAUUCAUGAAGUCAGAGGCCGUGAUAAUGUUGGUGCCAAAAUGGAUCACAUGGAUUUGGAAAGAGAGAAGGGUAUUACCAUUCAAUCUGCUGCCACGUUUUGUUCUUGGGAUAAAGAUAAUAAGAAUUACCAUUUCAAUUUGAUCGAUACUCCUGGCCACAUUGAUUUCACCAUUGAGGUAGAACGUGCAUUGAGAGUCUUAGACGGUGCCGUUCUUGUUGUUUGUGCUGUUUCUGGUGUUCAAUCUCAGACUGUUACUGUGGAUCGUCAAAUGAGAAGGUAUAACAUUCCAAGAAUUACAUUUAUCAAUAAGAUGGAUAGAAUGGGUGCUAAUCCAUUUAGAGCUGUUGACCAAAUUCAUUCUAAGCUGAAGAUUCCUGCUGCAGUUUUACAGGUUCCUAUCGGUUUGGAAUCUGAUUUGGAAGGUGUUGUUGAUAUCAUCAAUAGAGUGGCUCUUUACAACAAGGGUGAGCAUGGUGAAGAAUUAGUACCGGGUCCAGUUCCUGAAAAUUUGAAGGAUGUAGUGGAGGAAAGAAGACAAAUUUUGGUAGAAACUUUAGCAGAUGUGGAUGAUGAAAUGGCAGAAUUGUUCUUGGAAGAACAAGAACCUAACGUGGAUCAAAUUAAGGCUGCCAUUCGUAGAGCUACCAUUGCCAGAAAGUUCUCACCUGUUUUAAUGGGAUCUGCAUUGGCUAACACUGGUAUACAACCAGUUUUAGAUGCUGUUGUGGAUUAUUUGCCAAACCCAUCUCAAGUCUUGAACACUGCAUUGGAUGUUGCUAACAACGAAGCUAAAGUUAACUUAGUUCCCUCUGUGACAAAACCAUUUUUGGGUCUAGCAUUCAAAUUGGAAGAAGGUCAAUAUGGUCAAUUGACUUACAUUCGUGUCUAUCAAGGUCGUUUGAGAAAAGGAACUUAUAUCACUAACGUUAAGAGCGGUAAAAAGAUUAAGGUUUCGAGAUUAGUUAGAAUGCAUUCUAAUGAUAUGGAGGAUGUGGAUGAAGUUGGUUCUGGUGAAAUUUGUGCGACUUUUGGUAUCGAUUGUGCAUCUGGUGACACCUUCUGUGAUGGUAGUGUUCAAUACUCCAUGUCAUCUAUGUAUGUUCCAGAUGCUGUGGUUUCUCUGUCAGUGACUCCAAAUUCUAAGGAUGCUGGUAAUUUCUCCAAGGCCUUAAACCGUUUCCAAAAGGAAGAUCCCACUUUUAGAGUUAAAUUUGAUCCAGAAUCUAAACAGACUAUUGUCUCCGGUAUGGGUGAAUUGCAUUUAGAAAUUUACGUGGAAAGAAUGAGACGUGAAUACAACGUGGAAUGUACUACUGGUAAGCCUCAAGUUAGUUACAGAGAAUCUGUUACUAUUCCAGCUGAAUUCGAUUACACUCAUAAGAAACAAUCUGGUGGUGCUGGUCAAUACGGUAGAGUUAUUGGUACUCUUGCUCCAGCUCCUGAGGGUAAUAGCAAUAGCAACAGUUUCGAAACAGCUAUUGUUGGUGGUCGUAUUCCAGAUAAGUACUUAGCCGCCUGUGGUAAAGGUUUUGAUGAAGCUUGUGAAAAGGGACCGCUGAUUGGCCACAGAGUUCUUGGUGUUGACAUGUUAAUUAACGAUGGUGCUAUUCACGCUGUGGAUUCUAACGAACUUUCUUUCAAGACUGCUACUAUGGCUGCGUUCCGUGAUUCCUUCCUAAAGGCACAACCAGUCAUCUUAGAACCAAUCAUGGUUGUAACCGUUACUUCUCCAAAUGAAUUCCAAGGUAACGUCAUUGGUACUUUGAACAAAUUACAAGCAAUGAUUCAAGAUACUGAAAAUGGUCAAGAUGAAUUUACCAUGAAAGCAGAAUGUCCUUUGAGUAACAUGUUCGGUUAUGCCACUUCAUUGAGAGCUUCUACACAAGGUAAAGGUGAGUUCACCUUAGAGUUUAGUCACUAUGCUCCAACUGCACCAAAUGUACAAAGAGAUUUGAUUGCAGAAUUCCAAAAGAGACAACAACAACAGCAACAACAAAAGAAAUGA